AUGAAGAAGAAUAUAGAUUAUUGUGACCUGAAGAUUUCUAAUAGAGAAAUUGAUCCAAAAUUAGAAAAGUUUUAUUUUCAUCCGGCACAAUUUAAAGAGGUUACCUGGAAGACACUUCUUCCAACUGGUGUUGGUUUGGAAUUAUUCUCUGAUGGCUCCGUGAUUGAUAAAAAUGUUGGAGCAGCAUUUGUUGCUUUUGCAAAUAAUAAAUUUGUAUAUAAAUCUAAAUUAAGAUUGAAUAAUAAUUCAACUAUUUUUGAUGCAGAACUUAUUGCCUUUGAAAACGCCAUAAGAUGGGCUAAUGAGGAAGAAAAUGAGAAAUAUAUUACAAAUUGGGAGAUUUCGGUGUUCACAGAUUCCCAGAGCAUCCUUAGAGCUCUUAAUUCUAGAAAAUGUUUAUCUGCAAAAGUAGAUAAAGUCAGAAAUUAUAUUCACAAUAUUAAUUCAAAAAUGAAAUUACAUAUAAAUUGGAUAAAAGGACAUUCGAAUAUUCAUGGAAAUGAAGCAGCAGAUUCUGCUGCUAAGGAAGCAUGCUAUAAUACAGAUAUUGAUAUCACGGUUCCUUUAUCUCUUAAUUAUAUUAAGAGUGUACUACAUGACAAGAUUCUCCACACAUGGCAACAAAGAUGGCAUUAUGACAAAACUGGACGAAAGGUUUAUAAAUAUUUCCUGUUGUCAAAGAGCAAAGAUUAA